UUAAUUGACACAGGUUCACAACUCAAUAUUGUAAACAAACAUGUCUGGAAGACUAUCAUUAAUAGGCCUAUUGAUAUUGCCAAGUCAGUAUCUAUGAAUGACACAAAUGGUGGUGAAGGCAAACUUUGCAGAUUGGUACAAAAUGUCCCACUAGACUGUGGAGGAGUUAGUACUCACAUGAAUUUAUUUGUUGGAGAUCACAUACCAUUCAGUCUAUUAUUAGGUCGUCCAUAG